AUUUCCUGUGAACCUUUUCGUUCUUUCGAUCAGCCUGUGAAUGAGUCUUUGAAGAAGAAGAAGAAAAGUAAGCUUUCAGACAAAAAACCGAAACGUAGCAAAAGUUCGAAGAAGAGUAAAAUCAAAAAUCAAAGAAAUUAAUCGGAAAAUGGCGUUAUGAACGAAGUAAGACAGGAAAUAAAUGACAUUAAAAAAAGUCAAGAGGCUUUUCAGCAAGUAGUCACCGCAGCUUUGCAGACAAUUUUGUCAAAUUGGCAGCAGAUUCAAAGUACACGCGCAACAGUACCGACAGCAGUUCAAGCAAUAGAUUUCGAAAAUAUAAAAGUGCCUCCGCCAGUUGGUUUUGUACGGACAGACACCGAAAUGAUUCAUUGCGGUCAAAAUGUCUGGAUUACUGUUCAAGAUUAUAAUAAUGCAAAAGCUGCAGCUGGGACUGAUGCUAUCUUUGUAAAAAAUAUAGCAGUAAAUAUAUUUACUCGAGACGUAUUAAAGACUAGUAGUAUAACAGGUAAAAGAAGCAACAGAACCAAAGGACCUGCCAAACCAAAACUAGAUCCCAUAAAAAUGCUUGCUGUUAGAGGUAUUUACAGACAUUAUCUAAAGAAACACAGGCAAUUGUCAGAAAAACAUAUCAAUGAGAAGAUUGACGACUACGUGGAAUAUAUUCGGGGAAAAAUUUCAGAUCUAGAAAGACCAAAAAAAAUACCAUUUAAAAAAACUGAAAAAGAAGAGGCUAAUGAAAUUGAGAAAAAGGCUGAUGGAAAAAAGAAAAAGAGUAAAGCCAGAAUCCGGAAAAAAAAGUUUCUAGCUCCAGUGACAGUAGUAGUUCUAGUGAAGAAAGUACUGAUUCUGAGAGUGAAACUAGUAGCAAUGAAGACGCCAGGUAGGCUUACAGGAAAAGUAAUAGACAAAUUAACUGUGUACUAUGGUUUAUCAAUACGUCGUCAUUACGAUUCUAUUGAAGAUAUGAAAUCUGCUAUUAUGGCAACUUUUUACCACUACGGUUCGACUGAUGAAAAUCCGAAUCAUGAUAUGUGUCCCAAAGGCGAAGAUUCUUGGUGCUCUUACCAGCGCGCUGAAGCAAGUGGAGAGCUUGAUACUUAUACUCAAGAUUAUUCUCCUUUACCUCCUGAUGUUUUAAAAGCUAUCAAACCGAUUUACGACGAUCUCAGUAAUGAUAAUUUACUUUCAAGAUGUGUAGGUGGAUUCAAUCAGAAUAAUAAUGAGAGCUUCAACCAACUAGUGUGGGAAAUAUGCCCAAAAACCGUGAAUACUAGUUCUACUAUCGUACAAAUUGCUGCAUACAUAGCUACUUGUAUAUUUAAUGAAGGUACAAAUCCAUUAUUAAUGAUUAUGGAUACCCUAGGACUUAAUUGUGGGUCUAAUUCCCAUCGGUAUGCUGAAAAAUUGGAUGCUGCACGUGUGCAAGUGGCAGAUCAGCGCGCCAACGACAACACUCGGGAAGGCAGAAUGCUUCAUAGAUAG